UGAGGUUCUCUUCGAUUGUCUGUUUUCUCUCCUCGCUUCGUUGUAGCAAUAAAUAAGAGCUCUUCACACACAGUUUUCACAAAUUCUAGAGAGAGAAAGCUGAUGAUACUGAUACUGUUUAGAGAGAGAAAGUAGAGUGAGAGAGUGUGAAAAAGAAAAAAAAAAUGGAGGAUCUACCUGAGGAGGAGAACGGUGAAGAGGUGCAAGGCUCGAGCUUGACUAUGGAGAAGGUUGCUGCAGCUAAACAGUUCAUAGAGAAUCACUACAGAGCUCAGAUGAAGAACAUUCAAGAGCGAAAAGAGAGACGAUGGCUAUUAGAACGGAAAUUGGCUUCUUCAGAUGUGCCUGAGGACGUACAGAUCAACUUGAUCAAAGAUUUAGAACGGAAGGAGACAGAGUUUAUGCGGCUUAAAAGGCACAAGAUAUGUGUGGAAGAUUUUGAGCUUUUAACCAUCAUUGGGAGGGGGGCCUUUGGCGAGGUUCGAUUAUGUAGGGAGAAAAAAUCUGGCAACAUUUAUGCGAUGAAAAAGUUGAAGAAGUCUGAAAUGCUUAUGCGAGGACAGGUUGAACAUGUUAGAGCUGAGAGAAAUUUGCUGGCUGAAGUUGGUAGCCACUGCAUAGUAAAACUUUACUACUCGUUCCAGGAUGCUGAGUACCUGUAUUUGAUUAUGGAAUAUCUGCCUGGUGGGGACAUGAUGACUUUGCUGAUGAGGGAAGAUACCUUACCUGAAAAUGUGGCUAAAUUUUACAUUGCGCAGAGUGUGAUGGCCAUAGAGUCUAUUCACAAACACAACUACAUUCAUAGAGACAUCAAACCCGACAACCUUCUACUGGAUAAAUAUGGUCACAUGAAACUCUCAGAUUUUGGCCUGUGUAAGCCUCUUGAUUGUACAACUUUACCUGCACUGCAUGAAAAUAGAACUAUGGGUGAUGAAAAUAUGACAGAACCAAUGGAUAUCGAUGGAACUGAUGCGGAUAAUAGGAAAAGCUGGAGGAGCCCUCGUGAACAGCUUCAGCAUUGGCAGAUGAACAGGAGGAAGUUGGCAUUUUCAACUGUGGGUACUCCAGACUAUAUUGCUCCUGAAGUACUAUUGAAGAAAGGAUAUGGAAUGGAGUGUGACUGGUGGUCACUGGGAGCAAUUAUGUACGAAAUGCUUGUUGGCUACCCUCCAUUUUAUUCAGAUGAACCAAUAGCUACUUGCAGAAAGAUUGUUCAUUGGAGAAACCACCUGCAAUUCCCAGAAGAUGCAAAGUUGACACCUGAGGCUAAGGAUCUGAUUUGUAGGUUGCUCUGUGAUGUUGAUCAUAGGCUGGGUACUGGGGGGGCACACCAAAUUAAAUCUCACCCUUGGUUCAAUGGCGUCAUGUGGGAUAAACUCUAUGAAAUGGAAGCAGCUUUUAAACCAGAAGUAAAUGGAGAGCUUGAUACCCAGAACUUCAUGAAGUUUGAUGAAUUGGAUGCUCCAACUCCGUCAAGAAGUGGCUCUGGACCCUCCCGAAAGUUGCUCCUAACUCCUAAAGAUCUAAGCUUUGUCGGCUAUACAUACAAGAAUUUUGAUGCUGUAAAAGGGCUUCGUCAAUCUCUUGGCGAGGCACGCAGGGAACAUGGUGCGAAACAGGCACAGGAGGAAAUCGAAGUACGAAUGCUUGCAUCAUCAGGUGAUCCCAUGUUACCUUGAUUUGAGAAAUCAUGAGAUGACAAAAAAAAAAAAAAAAGAGGCUAGAGAGCCCAAGAUGCAUAUGUUGCACAUGCCUGCUUAAUAUAAUAGGUUAAGUAUAUAUGUUCUGCAUAUUUCUUGUGGACCAUAUAAGUGUACAGUAGUAGUUUUUUAAGAGCUUCAUAAAAGAAAAAAGAAAAAAAAAGCCAGCCCCUGCAGACGAGGGGCAAAAGGAGACUUUAAUUUAGUGGAAAAAAGUUUUUGUGAAUUAGAUUUUAGCAGCUAGGACAGUCAGUCAGACACAGAAAUUUGGAGCUUUUCUUGGCUGCCCAGGUUGGCAGUGGCACACUUGCCUUCACUAGUGGCAGUAUCUGGUCAAAAUAUGAUUUUAAGAAUUUUAAGAACAAAGCAAACUACUACUAAGAAACUCCAUGUCCUUUCACAGUAAAAAAAAAAAAAAACAACCCUUUAAGUGGGGUAAAAAAAAAUAGUUAUUAUUGGCCAUGGAGAUAUUGUUGUGGUAAACAAAAUUUGCUUCAUUUCCUAACUAUUUGCCCCAAUUACUAAGGUGGCUUAAAUUGUAAUGGCCUGUGUUGUUGCAUCCCUAUUCCCUAAUUUACUUGUGGAUUAUUUUUCGUUA